UCAACGCUCAAAAUGCUUCGCCGAAGUCUCGGUCAAGUAAACUCCAAUGGGCCACGGAAGAAAGCCAAUGUCGCUGGACAGCGAAAGCCCCGUCACAGACCAAAGCCGCCGAUGGCUCCGCUGCCUGACAGUAACUCCAGCUCCGAAGCCUCCGAUGACGAUGACGAUGACGAUACCCAAGACGAUACACCUCUGCACAAAAAUCAAGGCAAGGCGCAUGCGCAGUCUCCCCCAAAUGACAACGACAACGUGUCCCCAAAAAGGCGCCGACCACCUAUCGAGUCAAGCGAGCCUGAGGACGAGCACUGGCAAAAGCCUGAGACAGACGGCAAGCUUCAGGGGAAGCGCAAGGCAACACGGGAACCAGCCUCGAUGGGCCUGAACGCUCGUCGUGACAAGCGGCGUCGUGCUAUCACAUCAUCGCAGGUGGCGCGCGAUUCUGACCGAGAUGACCAGUCCAAGACCCACGACAAGAGCACCAUAAUGAAGGUUGAUAACGAAGUCUCUGCCCUAAUCGACAACGCACAUCCCAACUUGAAUGGCCACAGUCGCCUCGAUGUCAUCGACUGGCCAAUGCUUGCCCCAACUCCCGAAACCGACCAUCUUUUUUGCGCUGCUCAACUCAUUGAGCGCAACGCUGACGAUGCUUUUGGGUUCCUAGAUCUGUUGAGGGAACAUGUCUUCCAGACGGGGCGCGAUGUCGAGAUUAUCACAAUACCGGUGCUAUUUCGCGACGUAGCGAAACGAAGUUGGGGUCGGAUCAGGAGUAUUUCCCUUAGGCGGUAUGGCGUCGCGUCGUCUCUAAAAAAGCCCACACUAAAGGCAUUCACCCUCGGCCUCUUAUUCGUUCCGCCAUCUAUCGUUGCAAAGACGACAACCAACUGGGAGGCCGAGCCAUGGCACACGCUUAUCGUUGCCGUUGUCCACGACCCACAACGACGACCCGGGGCGGCUAGCCCCGGUAAACAUUAUCUGAUUUGCGACCCGACCAUCAAGAUUGGUGACACGCAGGGCCCGGGGGGGCUGAUGAAAACCGUUCUGAAGCAGUUGAAGGCGAAAAAUGUUUGGAUUAACUUACCACGACCAAUCCGCAAUGACAACGGCCUCGCCUUGCAGUCGGCCUGCAAGUGGUUGAUAGAGUUGGCGGAGAGAGGGUUGGACACUCAGUUGGACGAGGAUGGGGAAAUAAUUGGAUUUCGUCAUUUUAGGAAAAUUAGCACUUAA